AUGACAAUAGAACGAGAAAUAGAUCUAAGUAGUAAGGCAAGGCACACCAGUCUAAGCGUUCUUACGGACAGCGCCGAUCCAGCCGAGCAUUUUUGCGUUCAGAUUCGACAUAAUUCGACAAUAGCGAUCGAGAUGGGUAUUUUGACGGAAAACUGCUCAGCAGUACGUGUGCCAGAGAACAGUCACGUGGGACAGGGAAGUGCCAAUCAAAGUAGGAACUUUGUCGCGCGACAAUUCAAAAGUAUUGAAAAUAUCAAUUGA